AUGGGCACUUUGUUAGAUUCAUCAAAACAAACAUUUGCACCUACUUGCAUGGAUAAAGGUGUCGCUAGUGCAUUGAAUCUCUUACGUGGUCGAAAAUCUUGGUGUGAUCCACACAGAGGUUAUCAAGCUCGUGGCCUUCAUCAUUUUCACCAUCUGCGUCAUCAUCGUCGUGGCGGCGGCAGUACCACUGGCAUAUCAAUGACUACUCGGUCAGCUUCGGCAGCGGCAGCCGCUGCAUCACAAGACUCAAGAGAGGGGAGUGUAGAUUCGAAAGACCAGUCUGUUAAUGAUCCUUAUUCAACUGAGUGUAUUGACCAACCGUAUGUACCUGUAGAGACAAGUUAUAGCAAGAAGUCUGGCAAUGUUGCAUCACAUGAUAUCCCCCAACAUGGAGCUAAAGGACGUAGACGUCGUGGCACUGGUCGAAGACCAGUUCGUCCUACUGGUGUAGUCUCUCCAUCUCUUGAAUGUUCUAUGAACACAUCUUUGCCCGAAACUAAACAAACCCUCAACGAUGAUGCAGAUAACCAAGUAAACGUUUUGUCAGAUGUUUCAUCUUCAAAAUCCGAUUGUAAAUUACCACUCAGUUGUCCAUUCAAUGGCUGUGAAAAGCGUUUUGCCGAUAUUCUUAGUAUGCGUUUUCAUUUCACAAUGGGACAUCAUAACAUUCAAACCGUAGAAAUGAAAAAUAGGAGAGAAUCUCUUGCUGAGCCUGUUAUUGAUCAGGUUAGAUGGAUAAAAAGUGAAGAUUUUGAUAAUAAUCUUGAAAUAUCUGUUUGUGAUAUCUCUGCUAAUUCAUCUCCUCCACCGAAACUAGCAAGAGCACAUUGUACCAAAGAUAGAAGUAGUGACAGUAACGAAACAAGUUUAGUUUUAACAAAUGGUGAUGAUAUUGAUGAUAAUAUUGAUCCACCGAAACUACAUCGUGUUGUAUCAAUAUCUGAUUCUUUUUCUAAUGCAAAUCCACUUAUUGAUCCAGGUGACUCAAACUCAUCGAAGUUUGAUAAUAAUCACCAUACAACAGAUGUUCUUGACGAACCUCCUACUGCUAGUCCUGCAUAUUCUGAUAUCUCUGAUGACGGUACUGUAUCAUCUACAACUAAUAAUUUCCCAGUUUUAAACUUGGGAAUGGCAGCAAUUGAUGUUCAGAAUUCCAGAGAAGGAAUAUUGAAUUCUUCAUCAAUUUUAUCAAAUCUUUCUAAUCAACCACCCUUACCUCAAGGAUACAUUGAUGUUUCCAGACGCUUAAAUCUAUCUCCACUUAUAUUGUCUUCAUGUUCUACCGUUACUGGAUCUAGUGAACCGACCAAAUUAUAUUUUCCUGCUAAUUUGUUUUCUCCAACUCUAAAAGGUGUAAGCAAUAUCUUCUAUCAAACUGCAUCUCCAACUAUUAAAUCCAUGGACAAACAGAGUGCAGAAAGUGGAUUAAAACCGAUUAGAAAUAAUAAUUCCCCUACAACUUAUCCUUUUCAGAAAGAAUCGCCUUCCAGAUCCCUGAUAACCAACAAUAACAAUCAUAAUACUAGUUGUAGAAUUCCACCACGACCCGGUUUAUCCGAUCAAGGAUUACUAUCAUCGCAUAAUAAUCACCAUCCAUUUUAUCAGCAUCAUCAGCCUUCUGCACUGUCUAAAUCUUAUGAAUAA